ACUCAUCCCCGCCAUCCCGACAUUCAUCCCCGCCAUUCCGUGUAUCACCCCCAUCCACGGGUACAUCCCGAAGUACCCAGGAUAUCCACCCAUACCCAUACCCAUUACGGGCAUCAUCCCGGCCAUCCCGGGCAUUCCGUCGGCGUUCCCGACCAUUCCAGCCGCGUUUCCCCACCUCCAACGGGGAACAUCAGCGUUUGUGAUUCGCUUGUGGCGGGAUAUAGAGUUGAAAUGAGAGUGGAGAAAAAGAAACUCGUUAAUACAAGUGGUGCAAAUGAAAUGAAGUGCAACGAGCCAUAUAUAUAGAGUUGAAAUUAAAUAAAAAAUAAAAAAAUAGCAAUAGCUGAUCGCACGCCGAUCGCGUCAGUACAACAACGGAGGAGCGAUCGGCUAACGCAAACCCACCGCGGACGAAUAUGAGGUAGUUGAUGUAUUUCUUUUGGGCACAUGAUUUAAGAAAUUGAUUUGUCAAAAGUUAAAGUGGAGAGAGUAUAAUAAAAGAUGGAAUAAAGUAAGAGAGAUGAAUAGAGAGUAAAGUAAGAGAUAAAAUAAAAUUUUAAUAAAAAGAAUACGACUCGACUAUCUUGGGACGGAAGGAGUAGUAUAUCUGGAUAGAUGAAUUUAGGAUUUAGGAAAUUUAAUUACUCCAUUUUAUAAGUGGCUAAAAUUACAGUUUUUGAGGUGAGGGAAUUUCAAAAUUUUCAAAACUCAAAGAGCGUUAUUAAAUCACCGGUAAAUGGAGCAAACAUUUGGACUAUAGCAUACACUUCUAACCGGAUAAAACUGGAGGCAGAAUAACUGGAGAGAAGACAUUUCCCGCCCAACGAUCAAAAUGCCUACUGAUUAGCCAAUGCAGGUGUAGGCGUUCCGUUCCCCCAAUUUCACACUAUUACAACAUCACUAUGGCGUCACGAACAGUUGAUCUUUGGGCCGAAGUAGUAUCAGAAGAAGAGGAGCGUAAGCGACCAAUUGAAGAUUCGGAGCCUGCAAUCGUCUAUCGGAGACAAAAACCUCAUUCUAUCCCUCAAAAAGUUUUACCGAGGUUCGUUUCUGUAUGCUAUAUACAAAAAUUGACUAUCUAUGGGGUUUAUUCUGUCGAUUAUUUUGUUGGCAGGAGGCAAUCGAAUUCAAGCAGCAGGGAUGGGACUCGUAAGAGUAUUUUGCCGGUGAAGCGCGUGAGUUGGAAUCGGUCUCUUUCCACUAGAGGAAGGACAAGCAUUGCUGCCAAUGCAUGUGUGGAUCAACCAAAACAAGGAAAACCUAGGAGAAAUGCUAAACCACCACUCCCUAGAGGGAAAUGCAUAGAGCUUCCCAAUUAUGACAAAGAGCGAGCUUAUUUUCAAGAGGUCGAUGAUUUUGAAUUGCUAGAAGAAAGCCCCUCACCAAAGAAACCUAGUACCUGGACCAUGGGCACCCAAGUUCAGGAAGUUGUCAUCUCCCAUCUAUCCUCAGUAUUGCGGAAAUGGCUGAUCUCCAAGAAAUUAAGCCAAACAUAUGCAUUUUCUGGUUCGCUUUCAAAGAUAUUGGAAUCUGAUGUUUCAUCUUCAACCAUAAAGACUCCAGGAGAGGAAUAUCUAGGAGUUCGGUUGACCAAAGAUUCUACUCAGCAAAAGCUUAGAUCAAGCUUGAAUGAGAAGCCUUCAUCCAGCAUGCUUGAGGACACAUGUGAAGAUAUUGGAGUUGCUGUUAGCAAACUCUCUUUGACUUCAAGGCCUUCUUCACUUGAUAGUCAUGCCUGGGAUUCAUUUUCCGCCUUAUUGACUGCUUGUGGUCAGUCAAUCCCUUCAACAUUGACGGAGAUGUUGACUAGUUACUGUGAAAGAGAGAAUAUCUCCAAGGUUGGGGAGGGAACAUACGGAGAAGCUUUUAAGGUUGGCAAUACAGUUUGUAAAAUUGUCCCAUUUGGUGGAGAUUCGCUUGUCAAUGGUGAAGUUCAGAAGAAAGCAGAAGAACUAUUGGAGGAGGUUGUUCUUUCAUGCACCCUCAAUCACCUUAGAGGACUUGAGGGUGAUGUAUCUAAUGCUUGCACUUCCUUCAUACAGACCAUCGAUUUGAGGGUUUGCCAAGGAUGUUACGAUUGUAAUCUAAUAAGAGCAUGGGAAGACUGGGAUGUGAAGAAUCAUUCAGAAAAUGAUAACCCUAAGGAAUUUUCAUCUGAUCAGUGCUAUGUAGUUUUUGUUCAACAACAUGGUGGUCGGGAUCUUGAAAGCUUUGUGCUUUUUAAUUUUGAGGAAGCACGAAGUUUAUUAGUUCAGGUCACUUUGGCACUGGCUGUGGCAGAGGCUGCUUAUGAAUUUGAACACAGGGAUUUGCACUGGGGUAACAUUCUGUUAACUCGUAAAGAGCCUGCUGCUCUGCAAUUCAUUCUUGAAGGAAAAAAGCUGCUAAUAAAAACUUCUGGAUUGGUCAUAUCCAUUAUUGAUUUCACCCUCUCAAGGAUGAAUACAGGUGAAGAUAUACUCUUUCUCGACCUAUCAUCAGACCCAGUGAUUUUCCAGGGUACAAAAGGAGAUAAACAAGCAGAUGCUUAUAGGAAGAUGAGGGAUGUGACGGAUGAAUGUUGGGAAGGAAGUUUCCCGAAGACCAAUGUGUUAUGGCUGCAGUACUUGGUUGACAUCUUGCUAUUGAAGAAAUCCUUUGAGAGAACAUCCAAAGAUGAGAGGGAACUACGAUCUCUGAAGAAACGCUUGAAUACUUACGAUUCAGCUAAGCAGUGUGUGCGUGAUCCUUUCUUCAGCGAUUUAUUUAUCAAAGAAUCACCAAGCAGCGGCUGAAGCAUGUUACAACUGCAGGUAUUUUGAUGAUUUAUGCAAUUUAAGUCUAUAGCCACCAACAAUAUAGUGGUUUAGGUAAUAGCAGGAAAUCUUUGAUUCUGAUGUUUAUGGGAAUCAAAUUGUUAUUGUUA